AUGAACCUUCGCGAAUUUCAAUUCAUUGACAAGCAGUUGAAGAAACGAAUCACAUCCGCCGACCUAGCUUUGAAUGAUAACCCGAAAGUCCUUGGAAUACUAUGGAACACUGAGAAAGAUGAACUAGUGCUUUCGUGCAACUACCCUCCGAAAGCGAAAGUGACAAACAGGUCAGUCUCAGAACAAGUUGCUGCAAUAUACGACCCUCAAAGAUGGCUCACACCUCUCAUGCUGGCCGGUAAAAGAUUCCUCCAAUCGCUGUGGAAAUUCGGCUACGCUUGGGAUACGGAAAUAUCUGAGGAGCAUCAGCAACAAUGGAAAGAUAUCAACCAAGCAGUCAAUGGCUUUCAGUGUGUGUUGCCGCGAGAGGUCGCUCAGAUGGACACGCCAACAAAGCUUGUGCUGUUCUCAGACGCUAGCGGACAAGCCAUGGCAACGUGUGCUUACCUUGCUUCUGCCCGGGGAAGCAAUUUACUCGCUGGAAAAUCCAAACUUCCACCCAUCAAAGACAUCGUGACGAUUCCAAAAUUAGAGCUCAACGCCGCUACAAUGGCUACUCGAGUUGCACACUCAAUCUUUCCGGCGAUUCAAUACCGCACAAGGAUCUCAGAAGUAGUCAUCCUGUCUGACUCACAAAUUACUCUCAAAUGGAUCGCAUCGCCUUGCCCUGCCGAAGAAAGAGCUGGAGUAUUUGUUAAGAAUCGUGUAAUCGAGAUACGAAAGAUUGUGAAGGACAUUCCAGUCACUGUUCACUUUGGAUGUGUGAGUACCGCAAUGAAUCCAGCAGACUCAGCAACAAGAGGAGUCGAUAAGGAAGACAUGACUGACCAUAUGUGGUGGAAGGGACCAAAGUUUAUCGUGGAUCCAAUAGAGCAAUGGCCAAAGAAAUGCAGUCUCUUCAAGAUACCAGAUGACGUGGAGGACGACAGCUGCGCGCUUCCAGUAUCGUCGGCGAGAAGAACUCACAUUAUGGAACUACUGGACUGGAAGAGGCACAACGAAAUGAAUUCGGUCAUUACCACAGUUGCAUACGUCCUAAGAUUCGUCAAACGACUUAUGGGAAAAAGAGAAUCACGACUCCAGUCCAGAGUUCUAGAAAACAUUCCAGAACUACGUCACAUGACAACGGAUUCCUAUAUUACAGCGAAAAAAAGGCUCUACAAGUAG